GUUUGAGGCUUUGAGCAGUAAACUGAAACAUAUACAACGGCGAUCACGAUUCACACGCACUGUGGAGCCGCGUAUAGUUUCGAUAUCAAAGCAACAGGGAAACAGGAAAGAGACGAAGACAGAAAGUUUAGCUCCUAUACCUCCUUUUCCUUCGUGCUCAGGUUUUCCUCCACUUAAGACUCUCCUCCCUCUGGGUUUCAGUGACUACUCAUUGAUUCGCCCUCCUUUUCUGGAUCGAGAUGAACGAAGCUACGGAGAACGCAGCUGAGAUUUACAGGUUCAAAUGCUGUUGUGUUCAUAUCUGCUGUAUUCUAGCUAUUAUCUUCUUGGUGCCUAUAACUGAAGUCUCUUGACACUUCCAUCUCAAAAAGAGGCUCAAUGGCAACAUGGUUAACUUGAACAAGAAAAGAAAAUUACAGGCAGAACAAUUGGAUUUGCCUAAACCAAAGCAUAAAUUCUGGGCUCGGAGCUUUGCUUGUGAACCAGUCUCUGUGUUCGAAACAAAUCCUGAAGUGGAGAGCAUGUUUACAAACAUAAAAACUGAAAAAACAGAGGAAGCAGCUAUGGAUGAUGAGUUGGAACCUGAAUCAGUGAAAGAUAGCAGCAGUUUUGGUGCAGAUUCCGACCCUGCCAUGUCUCCAUAUGAUGAAGCUAAAGUCCAACUAGAGUAUUAUGCAACAGAGAACCUGUCCGAGGGGCCUUCCCCUUCAUCUGGUAAUUUUGACAGUGGCGACUUGAAGGAUACUGACCACUCGUCUGGUUUCAGAAAAGACAACCUAGCAUUUCUGGUUGGAGAGUGUUCUACCCUUCAUGAUGGAUCACAAGCAUUCCAGAACCUUGAUGAAAACCUCCUAGAAUUCAGUAAUGAAGUAGAUUACUCUUGCUCAGAAUAUAGAAAUGACAGCUUUGAACAACUUAUAGAUAAGGAUAUCGAAGAUGUUCUGAAUUCCAAUGGGGUUAACCCAAAUAUGUACGUUCUUUCAUCGGGAAGAUGGACUGUAAACCAAGAGGCUCCAUCAGGAACUAGGAAACCAACCAUUGAUCAAGAAUUCGAGCAGUUCUUUUCCCAGCUUAUGCUGUAGCAUUAAUGAAUCAAAUAUGAGUAGCUAAUGUAUAUAUUUCCAAGUUUUUGUGUCGUAUGCAAGUGUGUUGAUAUAUUAUGAAGAUCUAAGACUUGUUAUUUCUGAUAAUCCCGUCCCAACGAUCCUCUGCAACAAAGAAUGUGGGACUACUCUAGUCAGCUUUACCGCUUCUCUUGGUAAUCCUUGAACUUCAUCAUUAUUCCUAAUAUUACGUGCUGUAGAAGUAGAUAUUA